UGAGAGAUUGUCUGUUUGAGUAAUUGUCUGUUUGAGUAGGAGUUCGGGAGACGUUACGGAAGGAGUUUGAGAGGUCCCAGGUGACCAUAAUCUUGAGUGCUCCUCUAUAGCCACCUAGUGACUAUUCUGUUACCAGUGCAUCGGUGGCGGUGGCCGUCCCGUCUGCAACGGUCAAAAUGGCGGAGGCGACAUCGUGCGAAACACGAUGGAACGCAAUAGUGGCUUCGUUCGAGAGAAACCACGUGAACUUAAAACUCAGUAAUCCUGACUGCCAGGAAGACAUUGAACUACUGGGGAAAGGACUACAAACGAUCGGACAGCUUAUCCAUAAUUCGCCCUCAACAAACGGAAACGGUGUAAUAUGGAACAAGCUGAUAUCAAAAUCCGAGGCAGAGAGGACAGUGCUGUGUAAGCACCUCGAGGGCAAGAUGCUGUUUACAGCCAUGCUGCGCCUCUAUGCUGCCAUCCACAGGGAGAUGCGAGAGUCUCUCCUGCUGGAAGGGAAAGACGAAAGCGAAACUCCUCAGCAGAACAAUCUAAGAAACCAAAGCAAUCACCUAGCCCACGGGAUCCUAGAUUAA